AAUUUAAGAUGUUAUUCUAUUCAUUGUAAUGCGAAUGGCUUAACCUAUGACAGCAUAAAUAUAAUGAUGCAAUUUGUUACAUGCUUUGCUUGUGUGCAUUAUACUUGGAUUUAUAUUGUAUCCUUAUUUGAGAUCCUAUCUAUAUAACAAAUUCUUUUCCAAAGGCUUUGUUCUAUUCAGCUUUGCGGUGUGCUCGAGAAAUGAUUACCAUCAAUGACGGAUCCAAGAAACUUGUGCAUGCUAUUAAUAGCAGGCUUAGUGCCCUGUCAUUCCAUAUUAGAGAGUAUUAUUGGGUUGACAUGAAAAAGAUCAAUGAGAUAUACCGUUACAAGACAGAAGAAUAUUCGUAUGAUGCUACUAAUAAGUUCAAUAUCUAUCCCGAUCAAAUUCCUUCUUGGCUGGUUGAUUGGAUCCCUGAAAGAGGGGGUUACCUCAUUGGCAAUCUGCAGCCUGCACACAUGGAUUUCAGGUUUUUCUCCCUUGGAAAUCUUUGGGCCAUAGUUUCUUCUCUUGCUACUCCAAAACAGGCAAAUGGCAUUCUCAAUCUAUUUGAAGACAAAUGGGAUGAUCUUAUUUCAAAUAUGCCUCUCAAGAUAUGUUAUCCUGCCUUAGAAUAUGAAGAAUGGCGUAUUAUAACGGGCAGUGACCCAAAGAAUACACCUUGGUCAUACCAUAAUGGAGGAUCAUGGCCUACACUACUUUGGCAGUUUACAUUGGCUUGCAUUAAAAAUGGGAGACCGGGGAUGGCUGAGAGGGCUGUGAUGCUUGCUGAAAAAAGGAUAUCGAAUGAUAAAUGGCCAGAAUAUUAUGACACUCACACAGGUAGGUUUAUUGGUAAGCAAGCAAGGCUGUAUCAGACAUGGACUAUAGCUGGAUACCUUACGUCCAAGAUGCUUUUGGAUAACCCCGAGUUGGCAACUAUCUUGACCUGUGAUGAGGAUCUAGAGCUUCUUGAGUUCUGUAUCUGUGGGCAAAGAAAAAGCUCUCGAACUAAAUGCUCGCGGCUUGCUGCAAGAUCUCAGGUCCUUGUUUAAUUAGUUUCCCAAGCCCAUUGAAACCCAUACAUGGCUUUCAUAGAAAGUUGAGCCAGGCAUACCAUACACUUGAAAAGAAUGGGCAGGUAUUCUUUUGUCACAUACAGAAUAAAUAGUUUUUGCUCCAUCUUUGUUCGAAAUGUAUCUACACCAUGUUCAUAUUUAGUUACCAUUAUUUAUGGGAAUCAGUGAUAAUAAAUAUGACAUCUGUAUCAGCAAGCUAUUUGUUUUUGUCCCAAAAGUAAUUCUAUUACACGCAUGUAAUCAUAUAAAUUAUAAACGCAUACACAAUACAUAUUUUUUAGUGCAUUAUACAAUUUUCAAGUUUUUUGAAGCACGCGACUUUAAUAUGGUUUGGAAUAAACACAGUAGCUGUUUUGCAUGAGUUACACAGAGACGAUUUCCUCUAAGGCCUAAUGAAACAUUCUGCUAUCUUCCAAGUCUCUUCUGCAUAGCAGGUGAUGCCUGUCCUUUCAUUGUAGUAAUUUUCUUUUGUGGAUAUCUGGUUUUUGUUACUCUUUCCUCUCUUCUUUGUGCAGCUACACACAGUGCUUAAAUCACUCUCACCUGAUGCUUCCAAUGAUUCACCAAUUUUAUCCUGUCCUCUUAUAAGAGCUUGGAAAAAUAGGAGAAGAGAUGCCAUGUCUGAUUUGACUCUCAGCUGCUGCAUUCUUCUGUCUUUAUAUUCACAAUAAAUGCUUUCUAUAUUCAUUGCAGGUAAAGAGUAUGGUUAGUUGGUUUAUCAUUGCAACAGAAGUUUGGGUGCAUCACGCAAAUUGUCUCAGGUUCAUGAAAAAAUUAUGAUUUAUGCUUUUCUUCAAGUAUGAAAAAUAAUUGGUGAUGUCUAAAGGAUAUAAAUAAAGCUAGAUAUAGUCAAUAGUUGUUUACCCACCAUGCCAACAUGUUAAUUUUGAGGUGAAGUAAGCUGCACAUAACAAAUUGGUUGUUCCUUUUGAUUGCACUUGCUUAACGAAUAAUUUAGUAAGAUUAUUUCUUUUGAUAACAAUUAAUUUUCAUCUUAAUGAAUACAUAUAAGCAAUCUCUGCCCAACUAAUAUUUUCUUGUGUUGGAAAAUGUUUUGGGCUAGCAAUAAUAUGAACGAGGACUGAGAAAAAACAAAACUAGCAAAGAAGACAGAAAAAAAAAGCAUUUUAAUUCCUCAAAAAACCAGUUACAGAACCUACUAAUAAUAAUUAAAAAAAAAGUACAGAAUGCUCACCCCCAAGGUUCCACUCCCAAGCUACAACUCCACGUGAAAAAGAAGCUCCAAAAAUAACAUGUAUACCCAUCCAAGAAAUGCUCCAAAACAUAAAAUUGUAUACCCGUUUAGCCUCCAAAAAAGUAAGCAAAAUCCAGAAAUUAGUGGCUUUAACUCUAGGUACGGAAUGUCAAGUGAAUCUCCAUGCAGCAGAAUCUUAAUUGAAAGAGGAAAUGUCUCCUCAAUCGCCACCUUUUGCAAUCCAAUCAGCAAAAGGUAUAAAGCUAAUUGGAUUAUGCCUUUUUGCAUUCCAAUUGGCGGCUCUAUUUCCUUCCCUAGGUAUAAAGCUACACACAACAUACAAUUUACCAACAAGACAAAAGAUACGAUUAAUUUGCAACAAAAUGAACCAAGGGGGAUGUCUAACUCCUUAAGAAUAUUAGUUAGCUCCAAUGAAUCUAACUCCAUGCGUAUAUAAAACAUUUUAAAUGUGGCAGCCAAUUUGACCGCCAAUAAUACAACCCAAACUUCUGCUUCCAACGCACUGUUUGCUAUAUAGGGAGAAUGAAAAAUACAUAUGCAUUUAUCUGUGAAUUCCCGGAAUACCCCUCCAGUUCCAGCUUUGCCUUUAGACCAACCAUCAUCCGUAUUUACCUUGAUUCAAGGGCUGUUGGGUUUCCUCCAUAUAACAUGUUGAAUCCUACUUAUAAUAUUUUGCUUAUCUGCUUCCUGGUAUUGUUCCUGUAAAUAAUUAAUACUAGCCAAAAAAACAUAAUAAACCAUAGCAUAACUGAUAAUUUGAUGUAUAAAUGCUACAACAUUGGCCACCACUAUCCUCUUUCACCCUCACAUUAUCAUGUUUAUA